AUGGACCCGGAGUUAACAGUAAUUGUGACAAAUAUUCUAACGCCUCACGAUGUGUCUAUCUUAAUUUUGAUCACCUUUUUCUGUUUACAGGUUGAAGAUUUGGGCCCCCAAACAUUAAUGUACUUGAUUCCACCAGUCAAUCUCAAGGAACUCGCGUACACUCCAUUUGAUAGUAUUCGAGCAUCUGAGUGUCCACCAGCUCUAUCACCAAUUUUAUCUGACCUUGUAAUCUUCCUGGUGCGGGAUGGGUAUAAGCAGGCAUCACGCAAAUUAGUGACUACUUUGAGAUCUAUCUCUACCGUAAAUGGAGUUGCAAGGCUACUGGAUACACUUGAGAUACACUGUGUCAAAAACUCUUAUAGAGAUAUGUUGACAGAGGACAAAAAGGCACUAUUUAAGAGACAAUUGACUAAAGGCAGUUUGCUUGGGAGUUAUGUGAGUCGCUGCAUAACAAAGCAUAAGAUUCAGAACUUCGAAGACUCAGAAAAGUUAUGGAGAGGAUUACAAAGCUAUUUGCAAGAAUUCGAAGAAAAUAUCGAGAUUGGGGGGCUUAUAGGUAACGAACUACCAAAGCUCGAUCCGCUAAUGUCAUUUGUUUUAGAAAACGAGGAUGACGGCGUUAGCGGCCUAGAAGACUUUCGCGACGCUGGGGUAUACGAAAGAUACUCGGAGUUGAUGAAAAUUGAGAAUGGCACACUUCUAAUGAUAUCGAAAGACCAUUUUCAGGCUAUGGUCACAGAAGAAUCGGAACGAAUGGUACGGGGGAACAAGAGACUGCGACAGCACAUGCGACAGAUUAUAGAGAGCAUGUCUCUCGAAGAUAUGUCUCGGUUCCCCUCUGUUCAUAUUCUAAAGGGGAUGGAAGAUCUGACCGAGCAACGUUACGAAACAUUUCUAAGCUCGUUGUACAGAUACUUUGAUUAUAUGUUGGGCCAGAAUAGUGAGCCAAACUUCCAUUUGUCAUUACUAUCCCUUGCCUCCUUCCACUCGCAUUUCAAUGAGAGUGAGGCUGCUGUGAAAACAUUCGAAGAAGCUAUGUCUGUGGCCAGGGAAAACAAAGAUACGGAAACACUACAUCUCAUACUUAUGUGGGUCUUCGAAUUUAUCGACAAGUAUCCUAACUUGGCCAAGAGAUUCCACGUUACCGCUAUGCAAAUUGUCAAUAAUUUGAAGACAUGUCCUGGAGAUCAAAGUCCUCUUGUAUUUGAAAUGGGAUACCGGUAUGAAACAUUAUGGGAAAUGCAUAACACGGGGUCUGUUUCCCGAAUUCUAGAAGCAACGUUCAAAUCUACUCUAUUGGCAGUGCAGACGAUAUCAAAUAGCCUGCAAUUUUCGCUAUUAGCGGCACACAAUGCAAAUGUUUGGAAAUAUUUGGGAUCAUCUGCUCUCAGUAACUUAUAUCAAAGCAUAUCCGCGCAAGGUCUAAAUAAGCCAAAAGAUCAGACGAUCCAAGAUUAUAUCGCCGAGGAGCUGGACUCGAGCAGAGAUGUGGCCACCGAAUUGAAUACGCCGCACCUGAACUACCGCCAAAGAAGAGACCUAGAAGAGCGGAGAGUAGAACAGCUUAUUGAAGUUGGUGAUAGUGACGAAGCAAUGAAGCUCGUUAACGCAAUAAUACACAGUUGUCAGAAUGACCACACUGACAUUGAAAAUGAAUUAAGGUUUAAUCUGAUCAAGUGUCGAAUAAUGAUCCGAUGUGGCCUAGAAGUAAGAUGUCUAUCGAUAUUAAUCAAAAUCAUUGAUUGUGCAACGGUGGUAGAGAAUGGUUAUUUAUUAGCGCAAUGCUUGUUAUUAUUGUCAAAGGUUCUUAUAUGUAUUGAUAAGGCCAAAGAGUGCUCUGGGUUGUUGAUGGCAACCAUGCAUAACAUUCUGAGAUUUGCAGACAAUGAAUACCAACACCUAGUGGUGGAACUAUACUUUAAAUCCAGAAAGCAAAUUUUAAAAUAA